UUCCCAUUUCCAUUUCAAAGAGUCGCAAAGAAAAAAGAAAAAAAAAAGGGGGCCUCUCCCAAAUUAGCGCCAACAGUCUCUCUCAACACUUAAAUGUUGAUCUGCUAUCAGCUCAUCCAACGGUGGGCUUCCGCCGCCGCCUCUCGGAUUCACACUCAGCUCCGCCGCUCCCAAUUUCUGCUCCUCUUCGCACUGCUCAAGAAAUCCGCCGUUGCUCUACUCACCUGCGUCUUCGCUCUCGGUGGAGCUAUUGUAGGGGUAAUUAGCGGAGCGCUGAAAGGGCAGACCACAGAAACCGGUCUGCUGCGUGGGGUUGGUGUAGGGGCGGUGGCUGGCGCCAUCACCGCCGUGCAGCUCAUGGAGCUCAUACUAAAUGGGGAGCAUUUUUCCAAGGCAGCACUAAUAUGUAGUCUUGUGAAUGGGAAGAUAUUUAUGGAGUGGGUAAGCCCUGCAGUGUUAAAAGCAUACCAAUGGCAGAUCAGCACUAUGGAGACAGGUUUGAUGGAGAUUUCAGACAUUUUUGAGGUGAAUACCAUUAGGGGAUUAUCUCAGGAUGCCAUUAAAGGACUACCAAGCUUUGAGUUUAAUAGUGCUGAGACUUCCAACACUAAUUGUGCCAUUUGCUUACAGGAUUUGACGGAUGGCGAAUCUACUCGGUUGCUGCCUAGCUGUAGGCAUUUCUUCCACAUACAUUGUAUAGAUGAAUGGCUCAUCCGACAAGCAACCUGCCCGGUUUGCAGAAAAGACGUUUGAGGACUCUCAGAAGACGAAAAUGAGUUGGAAAAGGUAACUCGGAGCCCUUGGAACAGUUAAGGGGGCUAGAAAAAGAGGCGGAAAUGAUGCAAGGAUGUCUGUUUCAUGAACUGGGACUUGCUGGAUUAGUAUAAAUGAAGUUAUAACCGUUGUUUGUCUAUAAAGAAAAGGAGACAUCUAUGUAUGAUAUCGGCGUCGCCUCUAUGUUGAUAAAAGCUUUUCUUUUUCACUGCA